CAAACAUGUGCAGCGCGCGUAAAAAAGUUAAAAUUCAAAUAAUUCGAAUUUUCCGCAACUUUAGUGUACUUUUCAUUCUCAAAAUGCCCCAAGUGCUUCGCGUCGUUUGCUGCUUCCAAUGUCGUCAGUUUCAGUCGGACAUCGUGAAGAAAUCCAACAAGUGGACCUGCAACCGGUGCAACACGAAGCAAACCCUGCGCAAAGAGUACGGCCGCGGAUCGGGCCUCGAGUGCCGCCUGCUGGCCCAACAACUCAGCGCCAAGAGCUGCGAAACGGAGGGCUUGCUGGAUCGAACGCUGGUCGAGCGGUUGCUGCAGGAGGACGACGACUUUGAGCUUCCCCCGGAUGAGGGGUCGGAACGGGUCGUUGAACAAACAGAGAGCCGUGGAGAGACGACCAGUAAGUGGGGAUCGUUUCUGGCGAAGGAGAAACCGGAGGAGGUUUUGGGACUGCCGAGUGAGAAUGCUGUGCCACAGGCGAGGGCGAUUCAGAGGGCACAUUUGGAACCGGUUAGGGAAGAUUCUCGUGAGGGUAAGUCGGUUUGGGAACCCAGGAAAAGCAGCACAAGUUGGCAACCAAAACGAAACGAUCACGUUGAAUCUCCUGCGCGAACGCAUUCGAUUCCGUUGAUGAACUUUCAUCAGAUGGGGAAGCAAGAUAAGAAAGAGUACAAAUGGGAGUCGCGCAAGAAUUUGACCAGCUCGGCCAAGGUCUGUCCGAAACCACCGGAAGAAGAGCGCAUCGCAGAAGAGAAACCGCAAACUCAAAGAUUCUUCAGCUUUAAGCCGAAGGUUCCGACGAGUUUGAAGCGAUCACCGGAACGGAUUGAAGAAGCACGUGUUACAGAGAGUGGAUCGAUAAGAACUAGCGAGGAAGAGUGUAAUAAAAAGAUCAAACUCGAUAAAGAUGAGGACAUUAAAAUCUCCUCCAACGAACGAUACACAGGGAAUGAAAUAAGUCAUCCAAUAAGCAGUGUUGGUUCUGCUUCGAAGUGGAACAAAUUCGUUGUGAAACAUGAAGAAGACGAUGGAAUAAUGUAGCUUUGUUGUGUUAAUUUUUCAAUCCGAAAUUCUUUCAAUUCCAAUUGUCUGUGAAA